AGGGAAUACAAGUACUGGGCUGUGUCAGCAGUUGCCUCACUCUCUGGCUGCAACUUUACCGAGAACCAGACGCCUGAGACCAUUCAGACCCACAGCAGCUGAGGCAGUGUCUAAGGAAGGACUAUGGAGAUCCCAUUGUGUCUGAUUGAAAACCCUGAAAAUGGCAAAUUCCGGGUAAAUCCUGAGGCGAUUGACGUCCUGUCCCAGAUCAGCCAGCCGGUGGUGGUGGUGGCAAUCGUAGGCCUGUAUCGUACAGGAAAGUCCUAUCUGAUGAACAAGCUGGCUGGAGCCCGGAGAGGGUUUGAUUUGGGCUCUAAUGUCCAAGCUAAGACCAAGGGCAUCUGGAUGUGGUGUCUUCCCCACCCCACCAAGGACAAUCACACCCUGGUUCUGCUGGACACAGAAGGGCUGGGGGACGUGGAGAAGGGGGACACGAGGAAUGACACGUGGAUCUUCUGUCUGGCCGUCCUACUCAGCAGCACCUUCGUCUACAACAGCAGAGGGGUCAUUGAUGAGGACGCCAUUGAAAAGCUCCGAUUUGUGGGGGAAAUGUCUGAAUUUAUCAAGGUAAAAACUAAAAACAAUGAUGACGAGGAAGAUGAGUUCUCCAGACACUUUCCCGCUUUCGUCUGGGCGGUCAGAGACUUCACUCUGAGGCUGGAGCUGGACGGAGAAGCCAUCACAGCGGACGAUUAUCUGGAGAACGCGCUGAAGCUGCAGAAAGAUGGGAACAACAAGAAGAUGCGCAACACCUGCAGAGACUGUAUCCGGAUGUACUUCAAGUCGCGCAAAUGUUUUGUGUUUGGCUUCCCUACGGGGGACAAAUAUUUACUCCAGAGGAUGGAUGAGGUGUCAGAGACGCAGCUCAGUCCGGCAUUUGUAGCCCAGACCCGGGAAUUCUGUGAUCACAUUUACGAGACGGCUGGCGUAAAACGCUUGGCUGAGAUACACGCGGUCACUGGGAGAGUGUUAGGAGACCUGGCCAACCUGUACGUAGAAGCUAUAGGCUCCUCCAAUGUCGCCUGCUUGGAGAAUGUGGCGGGAAAUAUAUCUGAUUCACAAAACAAGGCAGCUGUGCGGGAUGCCACGCAAUACUAUGAAGCCACGAUGAAGGAGCGCGUUGUGUUCCCUACUGAGACACUGAAGCAGUUUAUGGAGCUGAGCAAACAGUGUGAGAAUGAAGCUCUUCAGAUGUUCCUGAAAAAGGCCUUCAAGGACAAAGAUCUAUUGUACCAGACAGAGUUCAUGAAAAACAUAGAAAUGAAAAAAAGUGAAUUCUCCGGGAUGAACGACAUGAGGUCUCGGGAGUAUUGCCAGGAGCUGAUUAGGAAACACACUGGAGACUUUGAGAAAGCUGUGACAGACGGCUUGUACUCCACGUCAGGCGGGUACCAGAGGUUUAAGGAGGACAUGAAGCUCCUUGAAGAGAAAUACAACAGUGAGCCACAUAAAGGCACACAGGCUGAGACAAUUAUUCAGGAGUUUCAAAAGUCCAAAGAAUCACUUGGAAAUACUAUUAUGAUGAAUGAUAACGUUUUAAGUGAAAUGGAGAAGAAACAGGAAGAGGAAAGGAUGAGGAAGGAAAAAGAAGAGAUGAAGAAGAAAAUGGAUGAAAUUAAAUCAUCAGAGGAGAAGCUAAAGUCUGAGGACCAGAAAAGGACCCUAGAGGAGAACUUUAAACAGCUGCUGGAGAAGAUGCGUGCUGAGAACCGUAUGCUCCGGGAUAGUCUAAUGUCUACCAUGCAUCAGAAGUCUAGAGAGCAGCAGUUGUACGCGGCGCAGGGGUGUGAAAAACACGCCAGAAUGUACCAGGAGCAGGUACACGACUUGCAGAGGAAGAGAGACGAGCUGGGUGACAAUGGAUGGGUCCAAAGACUGGGUUCUGUAUUUCAGCUCGUCCUUCCCCUUGUUCUACCGAAAGUGGUCACUAUAGGUGGCGCCAUAAUCUUAGGCAUAGCAAAAUACUUCUCCAGAUAAUGGAACACUGACACAUUAUACUCGAGGUAUACAUAAUGGAGCACUGACACAUUAUACUCGAGGUAUACAUAAUGGAGCACUGACACGUUAUACUCGCAGUAUACGUUACCAGUGUGAAUCUGUGUAACACAGAGACGUACAGGGUGUUGUUUGAUAAGAUGUACAUUAUAAGAGUCUGUCAUUUCACAUUUUGGAGUAUGGCAGUCUCAUCCAAAAGCGUGUUGUUGUUUUUUUGUGGGGUUUUUUGUGGGUCGCCCUCAUUUGGGUGCGGUAGAUAGAUAUGUGUAUAUUAGUGCUGCCCCCUGACAAUCCUGGCUCCCACACAUCAGUGCACAACUUGGGCACAUAGGGGUAAAUUUACUAAGAUGGGAGUUCUAUUUAAGAUGGGAUGUUGCCUAUAGCAACCUCUCAGAUUCCAGGUAUUUUCUUCUAGAAGGUGCUAGAUAAAUGAGAAGUAGUAUCUGAUUGGUUGCUAUAGGCAACAUCCCAUCUUAAAUAGAACUCCCAUCUUAGUAAAUUUAUCCCGUUGUGCGUUCGGCACUUUGGCGGAGCAGCUGUAUAAUAUACUAUAGGGACACAAGUGUAGUAUCUGCAGGUCUGAUGAUGGUGCUGGUGCAGAGAUGGAUGCAAUGCUGAUAUGUACGGACUUGAGCGAUUAUCGGCCGACUGCGCACUCGCCAAGGUACCUUAGCAAUGCCACUCGCCGCGAGGAUUUAUUCGCAAAGUGAUUGACAGACAGGGAACAUAUAAAGGAGGUAACACGGAGUGCGACAAAAACACCGCCAUGUCACAACUAUUUUCGGGGAGUGUCUCAGCCUAUAACUGCAAACCCGUACACAUACAUAACAUGGCGCCAGUGUUCCCAUGGCUAUUUUGCGCAACCAAAGGGUUACUCAGGGAGUCGAUUAUCGAUGGAUCUGCAAUCGCCGCUGCGCGUUUGAACCCAGUUGCUUGGAUCGGUGAAGCCGCCGGUGGCCUCUCAAUAGAGAUCCUGGUGUCUGUGACAUUCGCAAUUUUUUGCGCAUAAGCUGCAUGGGGGGAUCGCUGCUGCGAAUAUACGUAUUAGCAUUCAUCUCUGAUCAGGUCCAUGGGCCAGCUAAACCCGAUCAUCCACAGCCAGUGACCUCAUCCAUACAGCAAUAUUGGGCCACAGUACCCCUGUCUCGUGGUGCACAGGGGGCAAAAGAUCUGCAAACCAGAGUCCAUCUCUCAUCACUACACACCUUCUCCUAUAGUACAGCUCAGUCUAGCAUUGCCUGAUGCUUAUAUAACCCAGAGCGUGCGAGGACACAUGUACUGUCUGUAUUACGCAUGCCACGUUUGCAUGAUUUCUCUUUUUACAUUACCUUGACGUGCGUAUGGAAAUGCAACACCAAAGUGCACCAUGGCGGUCCAACGUUUUUCUUAAUAAGAAAAGGGAAUUAGGUAAAAACCGGAAUGGUCUGUACCCCGUAACUCCGGACCAGACACGACAGGCUCCAUUCAGCAAACGUUGGCCCUCUGGAGCUUGUAGUACAGACGGGAAUGGACGGGAUGUGCACUACAAGCUCCAGGGUGGCAGAGGUUGCUGCAUGGAGCCGGUCAGGCGUUCCGAGUUCCGGACCAUUCCAAUUUUUAUCCAAUCCCAAAGAAUAGGUGCCAAACCCCACUAGUUCUAAACUGCUGCAAGACUCAUGUCCUCUAGUGGCUGUGACCCUAUGGAGAGAACACCCCUCCGCUGGUACUGUCAUAGGAACUGUGUUGUUCCCGUCUCCUUGCGCAAGCCGCUUCUCUGGGCUGUAAUAAAACCAACGCAGACGUAUCUUAGCAAAGAGCGUCAGAGCUACACACCUGCCUUUAGCACUCAGGAUACGUGUGCUGGACGAUGUACUAUUUCAUUGCCUGCUUCCACAGCUAUCUGAGGCUCGCCUUGUAGUGGAGGAUAAAGAGUUGCAUUAUAUUCCAUAUAUUCAUACAGUAUUAUCUAUUUGUUUGUUUUUUAUCUUAUAUUUGCAAUUUGUAACCAAUCAAGCAACUUGUUUUUCCCUUCAAACUGUAACUAUAUAUUUGUGCUGUAUUUUAUUAAAUAGCAUGGUAUCAUACCAA